AGGAGGGUUAACUCUUCUCUGCAUUAAUUUGUCUGUCUAUACAAAUAGAAAUAAACUAGUGUUCUUUUAGCCUUCUGUGCUGUGGAAGUGUAAUGAACUGGAUGUUGGAAUUGACUAUUUUAUCAGGAAAAACCCAGAAGCAGCAUAUAUGAUAUGUGUUGUCUGUCUGAGAGCUCUUUCUCCAAAGAAGAUAGAAAGAAAGAGCGCUUUAAGGCUUGUCUUUAACUAUAGUCUCCCUCAUGAGUUUUGCCUAAGCACUCACUCAGAAUGUAUCCUCGUCUAUAAUACUUCCCUGCGCUCCCCACCACUGUGGAUGUAGUCUGCAGUUUUUCUGGUUUAUCCUCUGUUCCUUUUUGGGGUUUUGGGUUUUUUUCACCUUUUAACAAAUACAGAGUUAUACUUCAUUAAAUUCCAUGUGCUGUAAGAUAUGAGCAAUAUGAUAAGUUAGGCUAUACAGCAAUCCAGUUAGGAAUAUAUAAUUUAUAUUGCACUGGUUACUUCUCAUAAAAAUAGAAUUUCAUGAAUAGCAGUUCCAUGAGGAAUUAUUUUGUUCCCAUGUAAAUUGACUGGAAAUUAAAUAUUUCCUAAGUUAAUGAAUCUGUAGUCUUGUUAUUAGGUAUAUGAAAACAUUUAAACUGUUUCCUUCCAAAAAUAAGCUCUUUAGGAUUAACAGUGCAUGGUAUAUAGCACUUUUCUGUACCGCUUCUUAGAGGGAGAAACUCAGGUUUGUGGAACUUUAGAGAUUUUUCCCCUCAAAACUUCUAUGUUCACCAUACAUUUACAUAUUUUGUUGGUGAAGUUAAGCAUACAGUGUUCCAUAAGGGAGUGGGAAGGGCAGGUAAUGCUGAUGUGAUCUGCACUUCACUGGGGUCCAGACUAGUACUGUGCUGCUAUUGCCACUGGAAAUGGGGAUCUUUUUCUUCCCUCUUUCUGUUAAAAUGUUCACUCAAAAUGCCUGUGUGCCAUGAAAGUAGCUUGAGCAGUGAGUAACCAGGAGAGCACAGCUGGCAGCAUGUUGGCUUUUUCCACAGUGUGUUUAAAUAUGUCCAUGCCCUCUGCACUCCCCAUAUUGUGAAAGUUUCCCCACACCUGAAACCUGAGGAUUUGCACUGGCUACAGUUUUAUUAUUGUUGGGAGCUGGCAGAUGGUAACAACCUCUGUUGAGCAAUAGAAUGAUGAGGUAGUCCAUGUCAGCUGAAGUGAGUCUCCACAGCUGUGCUCAAUUACAGGAACUCUGGGGUCAAGUGUAAUCUGAAUGCUUGGUUUGUUAAGGUAUAACGUGACCUAGUAGUACCAUAUUUUCUUUAAAGGAUAGUUCCAAAUCUGACUUAAGUGGUUUCUUGAUCGAGCAAGGACACUUCUUAAUAGUAUUUUUUUCUUUUAAUUGGAAGAAGGGCUCAAUUGAAAGUGAAAUACAGUGUAAAGAUCAGAUUUGGAAAUACUUUCAAACUUUGCACUCUCAAGCAGAACUGCCUUCUCCCUAGCCCUUCUAUUUGUCUGCAAAUUUAAGAAUCUUCAGAACCGUUAUAUAUGAGUUAUAUAUUUCAAAGUUUUAAAUAUUGUAUAACUUUAACUGUUGUUUAUUAUCCAAUGAAUACUGUUAUUUGAGAACUUUAUCAGAAAAGAGACAGUAUUCCAUUGCCUGGUGAUCUGAAUCAUAAUGAAAGCAAACUUGUAUGACAAAUCAAGUAGUCAUGAAAGAAAAGGGGGAAAAAGUUUGUGUUAAGGCAGAGAAUUCAAAUUUAAGAACAAAACACCAACAUACUAGAAAAUCAGGGUACUUUACCAAUGCCUGAUUGGUUUAGCUGACAAAAUACUUUUGAAAGAAGAAAGAACACAUAUUUUAGUCUGCAUUAGGUGAAUCAAUAAACAGAAGAAGCUUACAUAGUAUUUUGGUGAAUUUUAGUUUAAUGCAUUUGUUUUAUUUCUUUUUACAUUUUCAUAGUUUUGGAGUUAGAAUAUAUGAAUUACUAAGAGUGAAAGCUUAGAUAAUUUCUAGGUGUUACAGUAAGUUUAUAUCUCUGAAUCACUUGGCUAAGAAAGAAGUGUUCAUUAUUGCUGAAGUCCAUUUUUUGGUCUAUGAGACUAUAAAAGCUGUAUUAAGAUGUACAUAUCAAGGUUUGGGUCUUUUAAAUGGUCACAAGCAUGUAUUUAUUUGAAGUACUAAUUUGAAGAAGAAUUAGACCAGGACAGUGCACGUUUAACAUGCUGGUGUUUCAGUACCGAUAGGCUCCUGUUGGACAUGACUUUCAGGGGUACAACUUGUUUCUUUGCUCCCCCAGGUCUGAAGCACAGAAGCAUGCUUUCCACUGAGCCUCGCACCACCACCUGUGAUACAGAAUGUCUCUAAGUGAGAACAAGUGUGGUGUGGUGUUUGCCUAUGAAUCUUCAGUGCACAGUACCAAUGUACUCCUCAGCCUUGAUGAUCAGCGAAAGCAAGAUAUCCUUUGCGAUGUUACAAUUUUAGUGGAAGAUCAGCGAUUUCGGGCUCACAGAGCUGUGCUUGCAGCUUGCAGCAGUUACUUCCUUUCAAGAAUUGUGGGCCAGGUGGACGCUGAUCUUAUCAUCACUUUACCGGAAGAGGUAACACUUAAAGGAUUUAGUCCUUUGCUUCAGUUUGCAUAUACGGCAAAACUUGUUUUAAAUAAAGACAAUGUGUCUGAAGUUUGCAAAUGUGCAGAAUUUUUGGGUGUACGCAACAUUGAAGAGUCCUGCUUUCAGUUUCUUAAAUUCAGAUUUUUGGACUUUAAAUUGGAUCAGCAGGAAUGUCCUAGGAAGAAGUGUUGCACACAGCGUUGUCAGAAAGCAAACCCUAAAACUGGCAAUGUGGAUGAUGGAGACCUAGAAAUAAAUUAUGAAGUAGAAGCCCUUCUAGAAAAGGAAUAUAGUCAAAUUCCUGACACAAAGCCCUGUAAAGAUGAAGAAAAUGCUAAAUCACUGCCUGUUCUCCAAAAUAAUGCCAAUCAAAACUGUGAUCCUGUACAUCUAGAAAGGGGUAGUGCUUCCAGCUUAUCUUCCCAAUGCCCAAAGUAUAGAAAAUUCCAGAAAGCCUUUGGAAAUGACAAAGUUAAUACUUCAGAGUCCAAUUCCAGUACUAAAGAUGUUCAGGUAUCACCAUUUGCAACUUCUCUUGAGAAGGAAAUACCUGAUAAUGAUGGGAUACAAAAAGCUCAGGAGUGUGUGCCUAUGCAGGUGAUCUCAAACUGUGAAGAGACUCAGACAGAAAUGGAAGAAGGCAUUCAGAAAAAAGAAGAGUCAAAGAGAGAUUCUGUAACUCGGAAUGUGUCAUGUCCUGUGGAGAAAAUGGAUCUUGCUGCUUCCCCCCAAAACUCUGCUGCACCUCAUGGACUCAAUUCUAUGUCUAUUUUACAUAGUUGUGAGCAAUAUGGUAACUUGAAUUUCAGUAGUAUGCAGAACAACACAGUCUUAGCUGAAAAAACUGUGUCAAGUACCGGAGCUGGAAAUGACAAAACUGAAAGUCAAGGUAACCCAUCUUCAAAGGUGGAUUUGUGCAUUAGGGAAGCUGCUAACAUCACCUCAGCUGGAGAUCGAAGCAGUGUGGAGAGAGAGAUAGCAGAACAGCUAGCACAGGGGUUCUGGAGUGAUAUUCACAGCACAGAUGCCUGUCAAAUACAUUUACCACCUGCAGUUUCUAAAGAGUACUUGGAGCCUGCAUAUUCGGGGAAAAAAUCAGAGUGUCCGUGGCUGGGGAUCAGGAUCAGUGAAAGCCCUGAACCUUGCUCUCAGCAAACUUUUACAACACUGAAUUCCGUCAACUGCCCCUUUAUAAGCAACCUUAGCACUGAAGGAUGCUCAAACAGCUCUGAAAUAAACAGUGGAGAUUAUGUUCAGGGACAGCAACAAGAACAGUGUCCCUAUAACUAUGUGAUAAGUUUGGGAGAGGAUUCGGAGACUGACACUGAGGGAGACAGUGAAUCGUGUUCAGCAAGAGAACAAGAAUGUGAGGUAAAACUGCCGUUUAAUGCACAAAGGAUUAUCUCCCUUUCCAGAAAUGACUUCCAGUCAUUUCUGAAAAUGCAUAAAUUAACUCCUGAACAAUUGGACUGCAUUCAUGAUAUCCGAAGACGAAGUAAAAACAGAAUUGCAGCGCAGCGAUGUCGCAAGAGAAAACUUGACUGUAUACAAAAUCUUGAAUCUGAAAUUGAAAAACUGCAAAAUGAGAAGGAGAAUUUGCUGAAGGAAAGAAACCACAUUUUAUCAACUCUGGGUGAGACAAAGCAGAAUCUGACUGGACUUUGCCAGCAGGUGUGUAAGGAAGCAGCCUUGAGUCAAGAGCAAAUACAAAUACUUGCAAAAUAUUCUUCUUCAGAUUGUCCACUCUCAUUUUUGUUCCCGAAAAGAGAACAAACAGCUCCAUCUGAUAGUGAGCUUGUGAUACCAGCAUCUGUAGAAUCAGCAAAUGGUCUUUCAGGUGUCACACCUACAGCUGAGAAGAGUUCCUGUUAUCAGUGUGUCAAAAGCAUGUGCGAGGCCACGUACAAUCAAGUACAAGAACUGCAUCCAGUUUCUGCCAGAACAUUGGAGCAAACGUCACUCGUGGAGCUGUGUGGACAGAGCAGUGGCAUCACAGACUUCUGCCAGCAAAUGACUGACAAAUGCACUACAGAUGAGUGAAUCUCUCCUUCUCAUUGCCAGCCUCUCAACUUUGCAACUAGAAGUGGGAUUGAGCAUUAUUGGAAAGUAAUUUACUAAGUGAGAAAGAAGAUAAAAGUUUAAUCUUCUGAAACUAUAUUGACAAUUAUGUGGUCACUAUUUUUACUUAUGUGGUCACCAUUAUUACUUUGGGUUUGCUCUGUGUAGUUCCAGAACGUAAUUUUUAUGUGUCAGCCUUUUUCUGUGUGGUGAUGCCAAGGAGAGUUCAGGAAAGCUGUUAUAAAGUACAAAUUCCAUGCACAGGUGCUUAUUUGUGAGGGAGUUUUGUUCAUGUAUAAAGCAGCCUACUCUGAUUUAUGCCACAGUACUUAAUGCCACUCUGCAUUUUAAGGAAAGCCUCCUGACAGCUGUUUAUGCACAAUGACUUCUAUACCUGGAAUUCUUCUAAGACUUCUUUUUUUCUGGUAGACAAACCUUAAGAAGCAUAUAUAGCUCUGUAAAUGUUCAUUUUGUAGACGGGCUAAGUUACAUGACAGGAUGAGGAGAUUUUGAAAAGUGCACUCUAGUAUAGCUCCUUACUUCCUGCUGUUCCCCUCCCCAUCCCAGGGAAGACUUUUAUUGAAUUAAAGUAGUAGGCUACUACUAGUAGUAGUAGAAUUGCUUAGUAGUAGGCUUUUAUUGAAUAAAUGCUUCUGUCUUGUCACUCUAGUACAGAAUUAGAAGAACUGGAGCAGCAGAGUGCUGCCAUAUACUGCUCUCUUCUCUAAAUUUAGUGGGAGGAAUAACAACACACUGUGGAAGGCAGACAUCUGAAACUGCUGCAGUUCUUGGUUGAGUGUGCAUUGGAUCCUCUGGCAUCUGAAUCCCAUAGGUUUAUCAAAACUCACUACUGUAUUGUGACUUCCUGUCCUAGCACCUUCAAGCUUGCUGCUUGUUUGUGGCAAGUUAGAAUCAAAGGUAUUUUUUUAAGGUAUUUAGGCGCCACAUUUUUUUCUUUCAGUGCCUAACAGCCUAAAGUAAGUUACAAUUAUUUGUUCUCUGAUCACUGGGACCAGUAAAGUUCUAUUUCAGAAUCAAUCUUCAGGAUACUUUGUGGCUAAACCUGUAGUAUAUUUUCAAUGGCUUGUGCUAUUAGCAUAGAUAUAUAAAAAGUUUAUUGAAGAAAUGAGCUGGAGAUAUUUCCUAUAUUAUUUUGUGAAGGAGAAAUUCAGCUACUGAAAAUAAUCCCUAUUUUCUAGAUUUUUACAUAGCAGUGGAUGCAUAUUGUAUACCAAUGAUGCUUUGUUAUUUAGAUGCUAUUCUCACACCAGAACUAAGUAUUGAACCUCACCACAGAAAACUUUGGGUUUGCUGGUUUACAAAACAUGAAGAAUCUUGUACAAGCCAGUGGAAUUCUUCAUUUCCUACCUCAGAAUGUGAAUUAGCUUUUUGUGUCUUUGUGUGAUGUACAGUAGGCAGCAACUAAGCAAAGGCCCUUGUAAAUACUGCUUUUCAGUUUUACCUUGCAGUAAGCCAAAACUUGUUCUUGGCAAGGCUCUUUUUUUUUUCCUCUCCCCACCAUCCAUAGGUAACAUAGCAUUAAUAAAUACAGUAAGCCACCUAUUUAAAACAAAAAUUUAAAACAAAAAUUUAAAAUUAACAGAUUUCAACAGGACUUCUCAUAACCAGCACGUAACACAAAUGACUACACUACCUCACCUAUGGGACUGAAAGUUGAUUGAAAUCUCUAGUGAAUCCUUGGAUUUUCAUCAUAUAUCAUUACUUUUUUAAGGGAAAAAAUAUGCUAAUGGUGCAUAGCUUAUAUAAAUCAUAAUGGUUGCAGUAAUUGAAAUUCAGAAAUAAAUACUACACAGCAGACAUCAUGAUAAUUAGAUUGAAAUGCUUUUAAAUUACUGUCAUUGUGAUAUGAUGAUCUUGUAUAUGUAUUACUUUAUGAAGCUCUCUGGGCUUUUUCUUCAGUUUCUGUAGAUUCAUGGUUAAUUUAAUCCUGUCUACCUCCCAACACUGCCACCCUGGGAAGCAUUUUGCUCUUAUGUCUCCAUUUUAUUUAAAAUGCAAACCAACAAGAAACAAUCAAAAACAAAAUUCAAGGCCCAAACCUCUACUGUUCCUAAAUCCAAUCACUUUUAAAGCUGGUGAUAUUCUGAAAUGACGUGGACAACGGCAUUAAAACACUGUCCUAAUAGUGCACAUAUUUGAAAAUAGAAUUCCUUGGGGUAAGUCCUUAUUAUAAUGAGGUGGAGCAUCUUUGUAGGGAAUGGCUGGCUGGGAGCUUAUCCAGUGGCCCAAAGCCCUGACACACUUGGCUGUAGAUGUUGAAAAACAAGAUCAGUGAUAACCAAGUGUGAGACUGGAAUAUCCCUAAAGAGUUGUGCUCCACUGCUGCAGUCUGGGAUUCAGCCACAGCCUGAAUUCCAUGUAGAUGAUGGUGGAGGGAUUCCAGGGCAGGAAUCAUGGCAGUCAUUGACCUAUGAUAAAAGUAGCAUCAUGUUUUUAAACCUGAUAUGAACUUGAUGAAGUUUGAGGGUAGUUUUAUGCCUGACCAGCUGCAUCUAAAUAAUUUUUAAAAUAUUUAUUUAAUACCAUAGACCUACAAGUUGCAUGUUGACUUCUAUAAGCCUAUAUCAUCAACUUGCAAAUAUUACGAAUUAAUUACAUUUUUAUGAUACAGAAUUCUCAGGAAAAUGUUUUUGGAGUUUGGUUUUGUUUUUUCUCUUCUGGUAAAGAAAUACUCGGUUUUGAAAUUGUAAAAUACUUCGUUAAAGCAUGUUUUAAAAUACUUUGAAUAGACUAUCUUAAAGCCAUAAGGGUAUGAUGGCAUAAAGAUUGUAAAAUAAACAGAUAAUUACAACAGUUGAUUUUGUAUUUUUCAUAAUUCAGUAUUUUCUAAGUCUACAAUAAAAACCACUAUCCUUUC